UAUUUCUAAAUGAUUUGAUUAAUUAAUAAAUUUACUAAUAGUCUUUCAAUUCUAUCACUCGAAAUGGAGAGAAAAAUGAUUUUCUACAAAUCAAACAAGAAUGUAGUAGCCAUUAUUUUCAUCCUGGCUCUAGUGCAAAUCAUGAUUGAUAAAUCUGAGAGUUGUGGUAUUAUCGGAGAAAAAUGUUCAUCUUUCUUAUUUAUUAGUAAUUGUUGUCUGGGAUAUAGGUGCAGCAAAGGUGCAGGUCACAAAUGUGUAGAAGACCCCAAGCAACAGUGCAUGCCUUUGGGGGGAUUUUGCGAUCCUUACAACCCAUGUUGUGGAAGAAACUAUUGUUCACACGCAAGCGGUAUAUGUAAACAAUGAUUAUCACAAGGCUCGUUUACAUGGAGCUUUAUUUCAUUUGAGUUUGUUAGUUUGGCUUUUUUUUUAAUGAUUAUUCCUGCUAAUAAAUAAGAAGUACUAAAGAUUUAAAGUACUCAUUUAUCAUUGUAGCACUAAUUUACAAAAUCAACAUUAUAAUACACUCGAAAUUUUCAUAUGUGCUUUGGAAAAUAUAAGAGUGUAAACAUUCGAAUUAAUGUAAAAUAUUGUUCAAAUUAAUCAAUAGCAUAAUACCAAAACAAACACCAAGAAUGACAUAUGUCACUUCCUAAUGUUGUCAU